AUGCAGCAUGAAUCUCCGGACGAGCCGUCCCCGGACGAGAUACUCCCGGAAGAGACGCUCCGAGACGAAAGAGCUGAUGAAGGCCCCGAAAGGCGAUCAAGAUGGGAGAAAAUUGGCAUUCACUUUAACCUGAGACCGUUUGAAGACGAAGAGCCGCAAUCUUGGUGGAUCGCGUCGACGGCCAUUCCACUCGUUGCGGCUGCCACGGGACCGCUGGCUAAUGUCAUGUCCGUUGUCGCUUUGGUCAUGCCUUGGCGGAGUGAUAUUAUUUCGAGACAGAUUGGGCCUGCUGGAAAUUAUAUCCAAGAGGGAUAUCCGGACCCCCACUGGGUCACUGCCCUCAAUGCGCUGUCGCUGGUCUGUGGAAUUGUCGGGAACUUCUUUCUUCUGUGCAACUUCACGCGGGUCAUACGCUAUAUCGUGGCGUUGCCGGUGACGAUCAUUUCGUGGUUCCUCGCUACAGGUAUUCUAUGUGGAAUCACCAUAGCACUACAUGUCUAUGCCCCACCGAUAGGCCCUGAUCGAGUCUUCUCCCAGGCAUAUUGGAGUGCCGUGAUAGCGGCCUGUCUCUAUUUUGUCUUGAGCAUCAUCUUGAUGAUCAACAUGCUGGGCUAUUUUUUGGGGAAAUACCCACAGCGUUUUUCGCUGACUGACGAGCAAAGAACCUUGAUUUUGCAAAUGACCGCGUUUGUGGUCUGGCUUUUGAUCGGCGCUGCGAUCUUUCAGAAAGUCCUAGGGAUCUCUUUUGCCGAUGCAUUGUACUUCUGCGACGUGACCGUUUUGACUUUAGGAUUUGGUGACAUCACAGCCUCGACUACCGUUGGCCGUGGUCUUGUUUGGCCUUAUGCAGUUAUUGGAAUCAUCAUUCUGGGUUUGGUAGUAGGAAGCAUUCACAAGUUCGCUCGCGAGGUUCAUUACGACAAUGUCAUCCGCAAGCAUAUCGAACAAAAGCGACAAACGACAUUUGACCGAGCAGUCCGUUCCGAGGAAUUCUGUGCCUCUAAAGGAAAAUCCUCUGCUCAAGAAGCUAUUGUUCCGCCGGCCGUCGCCCUACAAAGUCCAAAGUCUCAUCAUCAUCGCCGGCCAAUCCGCAACACCCUGAACGCCAUCGCCUCAGCCCAUCGACCUCAACCCAGACUCAAUAUCAUGCGUGAAGAGAAAGACCGAUUCAUUGCCAUGCGCCGGAUCCAGUAUGAAACUAUACGAUUCCGCCGCUGGAACGAUCUGGUCAUCAGCGUCAUCGCUUUCGGAAUAGUGUGGUCCUGUGGAGCACUCGUCUUCUGGAAACUAGAGAAAUUGUCAUACUUCGACUCCCUCUACUUCUGCUUCGCCUCCCUCUUGACAAUCGGCUAUGGCGAUUUCACCCCGCAGUCAAACGCAGGCCGGCCAUUCUUCGUGAUGUGGUCUCUCAUCGCGAUCCCUACGAUGACAAUGCUAAUUUCCCAAAUGAGCGACACAGUCGUCGCCAGCUUCAAGCGCGGUACAAACGUAGUCGCCGACUAUAUCGUUCUCCCCCAAUCCCACGUCUACAAAACAUUUCUCAGCCACAUUCCCUGCAUUGCAAACUUGAUAAUUUCCCACCAAGAGAAAAAGCUCCUAGAGCGUGGAUUUCCCCUCGAAGGCGCCGGCAAAGCCGAAGAAGGAAUAGCCACAAAAACGGAUGAAUCUACCGACGACAUAGCAACAGCCCAUCCCCACCGAACCCUCGAAGAACUCGCCCGCGAUCCAUCGCCCUUAGAGCUCGCGCAGCAACUUGCCUUUGCUAUUCGCCGCGCGACGAAACAUGCUCGCGAGGGCAAGCGCAAGAUAUACUGCUACGAGGAAUGGGUCGAGUUUACCCGCCUCAUCCAGUUCACUGACCCGCGCUCUCGGCCGCCCUCGCAGAACAAGCGGUCGGCAGAUUCGGAGGUCGCUUUUGAUAUUCACGAAGAUGAAUAUGGCUUGCUGAAUUGGGAUUGGAUUGGCGAGAAUAGUCCCAUGCUGGCGAAGCAGACAGAGCCGGAGUGGGUUUUGGAUCGUUUAUGUGAGAGCUUGAUUCGAUAUGUGUCGACUCAGGAGGAUAAUCGGGCUGCUGAGUAUACCAACUCGGAGGAGCCGACGCUUAGGAAAGAGAGGGAUAUUGGGUUGGAUGAAUGA